AGAAAAUUCAUUGCCUGUAAAACUAUAGUGUAGUGACAAUUUGUCGUGAGAAAACGUUGAUGGAUACAAGGAUCGUAAAGUUCGCAUAAUUCGCUGCAAAAAAAGCUGUUUUAUUUUACCAAUCUUACAGAUUUGUCGUGAAGAUAUAUAAAACACAGACAAAUCUUUCAACAGAGAUAUUUUCUUAGUUAAACUAAGCCAGGCAGCUGCAACGCACUCAGUUGGGGCGAACACGAGACAUAUACUUGCAAAAGGAUUUUGGAAUUAGGCUUCGUGCCGUAGUUUCACCUUUGGUACUUUUACAGCAAUUACGCACCGACAGCAACAAGUAACAUAAUCGAGAGUCCAUCAAUGGAGGUGUACCUCAAUGAAACCGAGUCGCGUUAUUUUGGCGACUUGUUUUUAUGUUGUGACGUGGAAAAAGCUGGUAAAAUACCCAUGAUGAAGGCGAUGGAAUUAUACCAUUCAGCAAAUAUUCAAAGUGACAUAGUAAUGGAGAUUAUUGCUCUUGUCGGCAUACCUACUACUUCACUGCACAUUUCACGUGGACAGUUUUAUUCAUGUUUAAAGCUCAUUGCUGCUUACCAGGCUGGAAUGCAACUUCGGCAAGAGGUCAUUACUUCAUCUGUAUCAUUGCCUUUGCCUCGAUUCAGCUGGAGAGAUUCGCCAAGCGGCAUGGGUCCAAACACAGCAGCAAGUAUUUCCGGCGCUUACCCUUCCGUAAAUGGAUCAAAAGCAAUGCCGCCUCCACCAGUAGCUGAACGAAAAACUUCUUUACCUCACGGAUUAAAUGAUUGGAAGAUGGGCACCUCUGGAAGCAGCUCCCGACAGAAUUCUGGAAGCUUUCAACAUUUCCAAAAACAACCUGAUUCUGAAAUAAAUUCAGACAUUCCAACUACGGAUUCAGAAGUUGAUCAAAAUGAGUCAAGCUGUGGUGAUGGUGCAGGUCAUGUUGUUGACAGUGGCAGUAGCGGGCGUGAAACACACCGUCACCGUGGUUCACCAGAAGCAUGGAGUACCAACAGCGAUAGUCCCACCCCAACAAACAGUGUUGCAGAACGCCAGUGGGCCAAAGAAACAUUAUGGCAGGGCUUGUUAGGAGAUGAACAUCGGCAGCUUCUGGGCACAGAAGAAGAAUCAUCUGAUCGUCAUAGUAGUGAGGAUGAAAACGACGCUGACUUGAAUAGCGUAUACCAAAUUACGCCUGAACAACGUGAUUAUUACUAUAAACAAUUCAAAGCUGUACAACACGAUAAUAACGGAUUGCUCUCUGGUCAAAUUGCUAGAAUAUUUUUCGAGAAAUCUAGAAUUCCGGUAGAAGAGUUACGCCACAUUUGGCAACUGUGCGACGUAACUCGUGAUGGAGCAUUGAGCUUAGCUGAAUUUACUGCUGCAAUGCAUUUGGUUGUGUUGAGACGAAAUAAUAUACCUUUACCAGCAGUGCUACCAUCCUGCUUGCAUCCGAACAUCUUGCUGCAUAGUUCACAGAACGCGACUGCAAACUUACUCCUUCAAGAGCCCCCGGAAGCGGAUUUGUUGCAUUUAAAUGAUGAUGAUGAAGAAGAAAAAACUGAUAACACGGUCAUUGUUACAAAUACUACAACUCAGACUCGCGUCAAUGACAAAAACGCUAUGAAUAUAAGCACUCUGUCGUCAUCGUCACAGACGAGUGCAGGUUCCAGACAGGGGAAUCAUGGCUCAUUAACAUCUUCCUUGCCAACUCUAACAAAGCAUCGUAGUAUAUCGAAUUCACCAGUAGCUGAACCCAAUGAUACAACUCCUAAUUUGGCAGUUGCAACUACUUUAUCUAAAGUAAAAGAUAGAAAUUUAUGGGGCCCUGUGGACUUACCACCUACACAGUGGACUAAGUUCACGGAAUCCCCUACAUCUAAUGUCUCUAGUCCCGGUCCGAAACCAGUAAAUUUUGAUAUGCAACGAACAGCACAAGCGGUGGUAUCAGACCCUCAAAUCUUACAUCCUGUGGCGUUACGUGUUACCCCCGUUGGUUCAGGCCUUGCGAGUUCAGUAAUUGCUGCAGAAACUGUUAACCAAGAUACAAGCGAUUUAUCUAAUCAACAACAACAAGAUGGAAGCUCCAAGCAAGUUUCACAAAACUCUUCUAAUAUAAUGACCGCAGGUUCCAAUAAUAAUAUCAGCACCGCAAAUGUGAUAAUGCAUAAUCGAGAGCUCCUUCAGAAUAACGAUUUAAGAGCAAUACAACGUCCACAAGCAAAAAAGUUACCAGCAAAAAAUAUUGGAGCUUUGCCGCCACCACCACAAAGGGAAUCCUGCGUAGGUAAUACAGGAAGUGCUUCAGGAAUCUCAAAUACUUCUUACUCAAGUGCAAUGAUUCCCACUGUUAGUGGAGACAGCAAUGAAGUGAGUAAUAGCAGUCAACACCAGCAGACAUUACAAAAUAAAAAUGAUCCACCGCCGUUGCCACCUCCAAGGCCACACCGACAUGGUCGGAGUAGCAGUUUGGAUUUAAAUAAAUUUAAGGCAUGCGGACCUGUUAACCAACAACCCGAGAUGACAGCACAAGCAAGUUUCGACUUCCAGACUUCUACUGGUUUUGCUGAUUUUACUCAUUUUGCGGUCGUUGAUGCGAAAAACAUAUCUUCGGAACAACAGUAUUCCUUACCGCCAGGAAAAUCGACGGCUAGGGCACCAACGGCUACAGCAAUGGCUGUUAUGCCACCAACACGAUACUCCUUACAACAAACAAAUCAGCGUGUUUCGGCAUUUGAGGUGUAUCGAAAGCCAAACACGCCACACAAUUCGUUAUCACCCACAGCAAAAGAUUCUGAAUUGCAAAAGCAACCUCGUUGUCAGACACAGCGCAAUUAUGCAACUCAACCCAUACAACCGCCACCAUCCAUGCCUACGCCAUUUGGAGCUCUCGGGGCUAGUGCAAUAGCACUUCCUCCACAAUUGGUUGCAUUACCUAAUGCUGAUCUAUUCGAAAAACGGGUAAAUGACAUUAGCGAGACGUUAAGACAUGUAACAUUUAAGCAGAAUAACAGUAUGGGUGAUAUACUGCAACAUCUGCGUGAGCAAAAUAACCUUUUGUUACGUUUGUGUAAUGAUCUAAGUGAUGAAUUGCUGUCAGUACAGACACGAAAACAAGAAUUGCGAAUGAAAGUUGAAGCACUACCAUUAACUGAGACAUCCGUUAUAAGCAACAUACAACAGCAAUCGCAGCUAGGAACACGAGCUAGCUCGACCAUUUCAGCCCCAGUUACAGCAAAUAUUACCGGCGGUUCGGGAAGCUCUGGAGUGCAUGCAAAUGUAUAAGCCCAAUAUACAGCAUAUAAAAAAGAUCGAUUUGUUAUCAUCGCAUACGUAUGGCGUAUACGAAGUAUUGCACGCCAACGACUGUAUUCUUUAAUAUUGAGAAAAAGUACCAGAAGCUUUUAAAAACACGUAUUCUCAUGUUAUUGUAAGUUGCAAAUAACAUUCGCAGAGCCAAUGUUAAUAAAUUGGUUGAUGGGUCUGUACCAGUAUUCUCUUAGAAUAAACAAAUUUAGCUGUUUAAUAUAUUUUCAAAAAUUAUUUUGCCAUAAAUUCUAUGAAAAGUUAUGAUUUAAAACAUAUUUACGGUUCAAGAAAUUUUUUACCCAUCGGAUAAGAGUUAACAUGAUAGUUCACCAAAUUAUGUGCAGCUUUGAAUGCCACAUAUUUUUUUGAAUUCCAUGUCUGUAUAAAUGUGGCACAGCUCAUUUCGUGCAAUCAACGAUUAGGCAAAACUAUGGCUUUUAUUUGUUUUACAUUGGACAUCAUAGUUCAAUACAAUAUAUUUUUUUUUCGAUUUACAUCUUAUAAUUUAGUUAAUUAAAAAGUCAAACGCUUUCAUUCCAAAUUGAAAAUAUGUUAAUCGCACGCUUGCCGCGAAAAUAUCCCGAAAAACAUUUAGGUUAGAGAACGGUUAUAAACCUAUUCGAAUUCUAAUGUGUUUCUCUAAGGUAGAGGGUUAGAAGUCGAUUAGAUAAACUGUCGAUAAUUAUAGAAUUCUCUUCAAAAAUGGGACUUAGUUAUCAAUAUCGAGAAAAAGUUAGAUAUCUAAUCGUAUUCUAACCUUGAAUUCUAAUUUGUUUCUUCUAAUGUUUUUCUAAUCAUUCUCUAAUCGAAUUUUAACAUAGUUCGCUAACCUUCGAGAAAUACUAGAGAACUGGAUUAGAAUUCGAAUGUAAACCUAAAUGUUUCUCUAUCGUUAGAGACUGUGUUUGCUGGGAUUGUGCACAUUUUCAGCUUUAAUCUAUUUGAUUUACGUACUAAAUUUCUCGUAAGUCGUUUUUGUAUAUGUAGUGUUAAAGCAUGUUUUAAUAAAAAUGCAUCUUUAUUUAAGUUUUUCUGAUGAGUGCAAUUUCAAAACUUUCCAAAAUGUAACGCCAAAAGAAAUGUGUAACAAAAUUUGGAGGAUGCAGUUACUGAUUUUAUAUACCGUGAGCAAAGCCACGCUCAUUUUCCAACAUUUUGUAAAAAGUGUAUUUUAUUUUCAACGCAUAGUUUCAAAUUUUAAUUUUGGGAACAUUUUUUUUAGUAGGUUGCAUUUUCGAAAACUACCAUUAUACGGAUGGUAAGCAUGGCCUGCGUCCGAUUACCAAAAUUUUUAAUUGUCUGCAUAGUAACACCUAAAGAAAUAUGUGUGUCAAGUUUUUGAUAAUCCGGUUUAACGGAUACUGAGGUAUGCACAUUUUACCAAAAGUGGGCGGCGAACCGUCCAUUUUCUAACAUUUUAUAUUGGGUAUCGGAACUUUUUACGGAGUUAUGGUGUACGGACGGACACAGUCAAUAGAUUUAUCUUUUUAUCCUGAGCAUUUUGAUAUGUAUACACAUACAUAUCAUCGUUUAAAGUACAAAACCGCGUAUCGUCGUAACUGACA